AUGGUUUCUCCUGGCCAGCAAACAUUUUGUGCUACCACUCCCCAUUUUUUCAAGGUUAUUCUGGAGGACAAUUCUAGAGACCUCAAACUGAAAAUUCCAAAGAAAUUUCUGAUAAAAUAUGGUGAGGAUCUCUUAAAUACGGUAUGUCUUAAACUUCCCAGUGGCUCUGAAUGGGAAGUGGAAUUGAUAAGAUGCAAGGGUAAGGCUUGGUUUGAAAAGGGUUGGCCAGAGUUCUCUAGGUUCUGCUGUCUUGACUACGGUAACUUCCUAGUUUUUCGAUAUGAAGGGAAUUCUACAUUCGAAGUAUGUAUAUUUGAUAGGACUGCCACGGGGAUUGAUUAUCCUAUAACUGUGCCCAAGAUUUAUGAAGAUGAAAAUGAUGAUUUAUCUAUUGAAAUCUUGGAGUUUCCACCCUGCCCAAAAACAAGGGAGAAACCUUCAUUACUAUAUCCUGAUUAUCCUCUUUGCAAGAAAAUGAGACCAAGCUCGAGUACUAGAUCAGACAGGAUUUCUGAAAAUGAGAGUGCUCAACCUGAUUCCAUGGUCUUGUUUGAGAAGUCAUUGCCAAACAAAGAUUCACAUUGCUCUAAUUCAGAGAUGAAAGGGGAAGGAGAUUUUCUUGCAAAGAAAAAUACAGCUGGAGGCUCUUCUUGCACUCCAAGAUUCCUAAAACAAACAGUUGAUCACGAGGUUAUUGAAAAUGCUAUAGCUCCUCAGAGAGCUACUGCAUUCAAACUUGAUAACAACCCUUUUUUCAAGAUCUCAAUGAAGCCCUCUAAUAUCCAUAAAAGUAUUUUGUCUUUGCCAUCUGAAUUUGCCAAGAGAUAUCUUAUUAAGCUGCCUGCUGGCAUUGCCACCCUUCAAGUUUCGAGUGGAAGAACUUCGUCUGUUAAAACUUGGUCUGUAAAAUUCAAGUAUGAUUUUGAGAACUCAAAAGCUCAAUUGCUGAAUGGUUGGUCAGCAUUUGUAAGGGACAAUAAUUUGAAAGUUAGGGAUGUGUGUGGCUUUAUCCUUAUGGACCGCAUUGAACUUUUAUUCGAAGUUGCGCUUCCCAAUGUAGAAGCUCCAAAUUUCCCGUUGCCACCAGGGGAAGGCAGAGGAGCAACAAUUCAAGUUGAAGAAAAGAGAAGCCCCAUAAUUAAAGUUGAAUCUGAAUGUGACAUGAAUUGUGAAAUUGGUCUAUCUAGCUCUCUUGCAAUUGUCAAGAAGCCAAUUAUUAGUGGACAGGUUACUCAUUGGCCUUCUUCAUCUUUGAGGGAUUCAAGGGUUAAUCUUGAAGCUGCCAACAAGUUCGUCCCAAAGAAUCCCUAUUUCUUAGUCACUCUUGGGUCACUCCAUAAAGAGAAGUCAAAUGUGUCUGUACCGGCUACAUUUGUCAAGAGUUUCAUUAAGGAGGCGAAUCAAACGCUGAAGCUUCAGGUUAAAGAUAGAUCGUGGCCUGUAAAGGUGAUUCGCUUUGGCAAGAAUUCAGCCAAGUUUUCCGGUGGCUGGGCUGCAUUUGCUAAAGAAAACGGGUUAGAAAAAGGAGACGCUUGCAUAUUCGAGCUCAUGGAGAUCAAUGACAUUGUACUGAAAGUUCACAUUUUCAGAUGUUCAUUAAAAAUUUAAAUG